UUUGGAAUAGCUCGUUUUAUAUGUGAAAAGCUGCGCACCUUAGUUUAUGUCAACUGUAGAGUGUAUACAAUCUAUACAUAAAGGGUGGUUGUGUUUGCGGUAUUGAAUAUGACAGAAAUGCUCGCAAAGCUAGGAAUUUAUUUCGAUGACUUGACCAAAAUACGAAUUCUCGAACCGGAAGUAGCCGAACAGACAAAUGAGCUGAAUGAAGAAUGCAAAACUUUUGUGGAAAAAAUAACAGAAUUUCAAAAACUAGUUGAUGGUUUUAUAUCAGUGAUGGAAAAUUUGGCAAAAGAAGUGGAAAGGGAGAAAAUGAAAGCAAUUGGAAUAAGAAAUAUGCUUAAGUCUGUAGCAAAACAGAGGGAGUCUGAGCAGCAACAAUUACAGGCGCUAAUAAUCGAGAAAUCCACAGAACUGGAACGGCUUCGAAUACAGCAUCAGUCAUUACAGAAAACUGAACAAGAGCAAGAAGACAUAAUUGAAAAUCUGGUACUGAAUCACUGAUUUUGAAAUACUUGUGUUGUUCUUGUUAACUAAGAAACAAAUGAAAGUUGUGAAUACAAUGUGACAUCACUGUGGUGCAUUUUCAGUAUCAAUUAUCACUUAACAUUAUUUCACAGAAAAGUCACUACAUUAUGAAUGUGUAACAGGUCCCUCUCAUUGUUCAAAUACUGUACUAGUGUGCAAAGAAGUACUGUUUUUCCAAAAAUACUGGAGAGUACAAUUACAGUAAAAAUGAUGAAAUUUUCUCAAAGUAAAAAGUCUUAUUGAAAAAUAUAUUAAAAUGACAAAUAAGAUAAAAUGAACCAUUUCUAACUAUGUUAUCCAAUAAAACUGGACAUAUACUGUC